CUUGUACUUCUUGGGUGGGUCAGUUGCUUGGGGAUAAAUCAAUAAUUUUUGUAUGCGAUUUCCUGAAAGAUUUUAACAUUUUGCUCUACUCCCUUUUUCGAGGAUCAAGAAAGCUUUGCUUUUCCUUCACAGGCGAGAGACAUGACUAACGUCGCAAGCGAUGGAAUCCAAGAACUCACGACACGCACCGAGAAGUUAUCAAUUACUUCCAUCAACAAGAGCACAAAGCUGUUCAAAGCUCAAAUGAGAGAGCUGGAUAAACAGUAUGACACGAUGCAACAGCAACUAGAAGAUCUACACUUCAUCCUGGAUGUUAUCCUGAAAUGGGACGAGGACUUUAAAAAAGUGGUGCGAUUUAGUCAAGGCGUGCCUCACAUGAGAAGCACCAAGGAGAUUUGUGCCAACAUUAAGACAGCCAUGAUACCAAGCAGUGAGUUUGACCGCACAGUGCAGAUACUUAUCAGAGAGGGUGUGCCAUGUUUCACGCGGGUAACAGGGCUUUUUGAUAAGCUGAAAUCUCGUCUCGAUGAGAGGUCGCCGAACGCAAAGGUCUCCGAAGAGAUUCGUCAACUGCUCGGAGAGUUAAUCGGAACUUUGUGUACGAUAAUGAAUUUCUUUUAUGAUCAAGAGGCAUAAACCUCUUUAGUUAAUUAGACUAAUAAGUGGUCAUUGGAUCGAGGAGCAGAAUUGAAGAAAGGGGAAAUAAGCGUUAAAAUGUACCCCCUUCCGCUUGUCUUCGAUCGUUAAAUCGUAUUCAUUUUGUUUGAAGUUAUCGAAUAUGACGAAAGAGCAAAUUUUUUGAGUCUUGGAUCAGAGAGGAGACAGGAGAAAACAAAACCAAAUGUUUUCAAAUUUUAGUUUUAUUUAUUUUCCUCGGUGGUUCUGUAAAUUCUGUGAACAGAGAAAAAUUUAAAACGCGCUUACGAUUUCAUUCGUGUUGGUCGAGUCCUCGUUUCUUCUGUAGUCUUAUGUCACAAAAAGCGGCUGAAGAAACGUGUUUCCAACGAAGCUCGAUCUCUGGCUCGUCACGCAGAUUGUGUUACAAGUAAAAAUUUGACGCGCCUCUUGAGCAACUUAGCCAAUUAAUCACUUGAUAAACGAGGUCGAUUGGCGGCUCAAUGGGGAAGCAAUCUGUUUGACAAUACAUCAAUCAUUAUUUCAAUUUACCGUUUCAAAAUAUCGAAGGGGAAGGAAGAUUGUAGAAAUGCAAUAAUAAUCAGAAAGCCCCGCUAAAACAUUUCUUUCUCCAGGAACGAAGUUACAUGCGUAGCUUGGCAAUGAACAGUUUUGUUAUUCGACACUGACUUCAAUGUCGAGAAUUUUGUCAUGGUUACAAUUACGCACAAGUUUUAUUAAAAUGAACCAAUCUCGCAUCAGCGUGUGGCGAUGUCGCUCUCGCGUUCGCCGUUUGCGAGCCGGCGGGUGCUAUUUUUCACUUGCGUACUUUGUUUGUGUAUUGUUGUUGGGUUUAUUCUGUACUUGAAAAAAAUAUACCCUUGCUCCCUCGAGACUAUCGUUUCUAAAUUAAAAAUUCGGUAUUGUUAAUAAAUCGAAGGGUCAUGUGUCAAACGAUGUGAAUUCUACCAUAAUAUUCUGAUAUUUAUAAGAUUGUUUAAAAGAAGACAUCCGCAUAUAAGUCACGAAUUUCCGAAUUAAUCUGACAGGUGGACGAAAUUAGUGUGGACAAAACAUCGAAACCGCUUCAUUCUUUCAUGUCUGAAAUUUAUGUAAAGUGCUCGUUCCGUGACGAACACACUGACUCGGAUUAACCCAACCCUCCACGGAUUGAAAGAUAACGAAGGCCAGCAAUUUAAUAUGGCGUUGAGUUAUCACUUGUUGUUUAAAAUCCUCCUCGUUGGCGAUCCCGACGUCGGCAAAUGUGCCAUCUUUCAUCCACCUGCAGGCGAUGCCUCAGUUUUGUCGGCUAUGGGAGUGAAUUUUCUCAAAAGACAGUUAGAAAUCGAUGGGAAGCGAGUAAAAUUACAGAUAUGGAAUAUUGCAGGACAGGAAAGUACCCAGGCCAUCACCCCCAGCUACUAUCACGGUACCCAAGGUUUCAUCGUUGCUUUUGACGUCACCGAUAAGAGUUCCUAUGACAACAUCCUGGAGUGGCUUCUUAUCAUUGAAGAACACGCCAGCGAACGAGGCUCUCAAAAGAUGUUGGUCGCUAAUAAGUGCCAUUGUCAGGAGAGAAACCGCGUCAUUACAGAAAAAGAAGGCGAGGCUUUCGCCAGAGAGUUUGGUAUGAGAUAUGUGGAAAUCAACGAUCUGCAAAGCUCAGAGAUUGACGAAGCUCUAAAGCAGUUAAUUCAAGACAUCUUGAACAACAACGGCGCUCAAGAAAAAGUUGAGGAUGGUCGCAAAACGAACAUUUGUGAGUUAGACACGGGAUAUAACAGCACCAGAACUGGAGGAGAAAAAGAGUCACUUUUAGGGAAGAGAUUCUAAUCUCUUGCUUCCAAUAAGUCUUCCGAAAACUUGUUGGUAUAAAAGAAGCCUUCCGAAAAUAGGAGAUUUUAAAAAAAAAAUAUGGAAGUAUUUAGCCUUUAGGAAUCUUCGACAGUUUUUCCAUCAGAUUUUGCGAGCAACGUUUUGUAGAAAACGAGAUUUUAAUACCUUAUUUUCCGAGAAGAUAUGUUUGCUAAUUAGGACUUUGUACAUCUUUUAACCUCCCAUCCCCUUCAGAUAUAAGCUUGGCAGUCAAGUACGAGAGAGUUGAAGCCGCGCGCAGGAACGUGUGAACGUGUAGAUGCGCAAGGAAGGUGUCUCCUCGCUCGCCUUAUUCAAUUAGCCAAUUCGUCAGAGCAUGAGGAUAGAAUGAAAAUGUUUACGAUUUUUGAAGUUUAAGUUGAAUUAAUAUAUAUAUGAAAUGACGUCGACGAGGGGAAUAUAGGCAUUCCCACUAGUUACCAAGGUUGGAAUCUUAGAAAACAACCGGUUUUUGUAGCCAACGUUCAUCUUGGACAUGUUUGCUGUACCAUGUUCCUUGUUGUAAAUAAAGUAAACUAAAGGUAACAUGCUGA